ACACACACAAAAAAGCUUUCCAAAAAAGCUUAGAGUAUACACAAAAAUUAAAUGGAAAAUAUCUCAAUGACCGCUGAGUGAGCUGAAAGCAAUAGAAGUCAGUAUAGAUCAGUUCAUUCAGUGCUACACGGCGUAUAAGUUGUAACGAUCAGCGAACUGCAAUAAAACGCGUCUUCUCAUAUACAACAUACAAACAUCACACAAUAAAAAAUUAAAAAAAAGAAAAUACAAAAUUUAAAGAAAGAAAGAACUUUUUUUUCUGGAUGGAAUUAUAAAUGAAAUUAAAAAAAAAACAACAACAUCUACAUAUAUAAGUGUAUGUGUAUAUAAAAUUAUUAAGAAAUAUAUAAUAAAUACAUAAAUGUGUAAUAUAUACACACAAACAAAAACAAACAAACAAAAUAUAAAAGAAAAUACAUAAAAACAAACUGGAGUGUUUAGACAAAAAAAGUUAUAAAAUAAACGAAAAGCUUAAACGACUUUUUAACAAAAAACAAAAACUACAUACAAAAUAAACUUUCUCACCGAUUUAAAAAUAGUGAAAAAGAAAAUUUAGAACAAAAGUGUGUGUUGUUUUAUAAAUUGUCUUAAAAAAUAAACAUUUUUUGUUAUUUUGAACGUUGGCUGUUCAGAAUUAAGGGAAAUUAAUUGCAAAUAUUAAAGGCGUUGACAACUGAAGUGAAUACAAAUACGCAUGUGUUGCCUUAAGAAGUGACUGACCUUAAACAAGGAUGUGUAACUAAAUUGUGAUAAAUGAGCAUCGAAUUAUCGAUACAUGAUUAAUGCCGCAAAAUUAUUAUUAUUAUUUGUUUAUAAACAUUAAAACCGCCAACAAUAAUGACCUUGUUUAUACAGUUCAAUAGAACAAACAAAUAUUUAAAAUAACCACAAAAACAAUAAAAAUAAAAUAAAAAAAAAGUCAAACUAUUAUUAACCAGGUGGCAGUAUUUAAAUUUCGUCUCAUUAAGAUUUCAAGUGUGAAAAAUAUUUGACAAAUAUUCAUGGAUGAUGUGUCUGCAUACGGUUGUGUACAAUUAGUGUCAGCUAAAAGACCUUAAACUUCAAAUGAACUUUUUCGGCUUCUUGUUUGAAAAUUAUUGAAACAAUCAGUGACAUGAUGAAGCAUGAAACCAUCACAAAACCCCUGCCCAUUUCCCCUGUCAAAGAUAAUCCCAAAAGGGGUUUAUGGAAGACGAGAGGCAUAUCGGAGACCAACACUCCCAGAAGCCCCAUAACAAAAGCUUUUGAUUUUCUACCCUGGUCACGCAGUAAAAAAUCAGCCAGUGAGAAACCAACAAAAACAAAAAAUGACUCAUCUACAGCUGCUGCUACCAGCAACACAAACAUCAUCACCGCCGCCACCACUAAUGUAACUGGCAGUAAUGCUAAUCCGCCAGAAGAUAAAAAUGACGCCUUGGCCUCUUUAAACUAUCAGCGCAAUAUCUUUCGUAAUGGUGGCGGCAUAAUACGAGAUAUGUUAACUGAUAAAAUCAGCAGAGACGAAAGAACCCAUAAAAAAUCCAACAUACGUAGAGCGCGCCAAGUGACGGGACGCAAUAAAAGUCUAGAUAUCAAUGAACUCAUCAAUUGUGUAGAGCGGGAAUUUGCCACCACCUCAGGCGAUGGCAGACAUAAUGGCGAUGGCAAAAGUCAUCGUUUUCUUGACGACACCUUUAUCGAGAAUAUCAUGAGAGCAAAAGAGGCCUAUCACCGUAAUUUGCAGCAAGAAGAGUAUGAAGAGGAAGAGGACGACUACUACAACAAUAAUCAUGCCCAUCACCACCAGCCAGUUGUCGAGUGUAACGAUACGGAAGAUGAAUAUUUCUAUCAUCAACAACAGGAACUGGCCCAGCUGUGCAAGCACACUGAUCCCUCCAAAUGUGGCAACGGCAUUAUUCAUGCCAAUGGCACGACCAGUGGCUGUGCCUCACCCAAACACAUACUCUUCAAUGAUGAGAACACCGUGUAUCUCAUUAAGAAAGAAUUACCCGUCAAUAAGACCCUUAAAAACUGUGAUAAAGAACGUAAACACUCGGAGAGUGUUUUAAAAGCCCGCCUUAAAUUCAAAAAACUUUCAGCCGACAAUUCCUCGAAUCAUGAUACAAAAUCCAUGGUUCUAAACAACAAUCGCGUUAUAGCGAACAACAACAGACACCACCCACCCCCAGUGAAUGCUAAACGCAGCAUACUGCAAAGACAAAACACCACACCCGAACAAUAUACUGCUCUAACUGCCCCCCGCUGUAGUCCAGAUGUAUGUCGCAAGAGAUCGCCAUCGGCUGGACGCUAUCAAACACCUUCGCGUUACUCGCCCAGCUACCAGAGACGUAAAUCCCUUACCGAGGGAGUGGUGUACGAUCAUAAUCCGUCUCCCUUGUAUGAUAAUGGCAACUCGAGUACGAGCAGUAUGGGCAGUGGAGCCAGUACUAGUGGUGGUAUUUUAAAUGAUCGUCCUAAAACCGAUAAGCCGCGCAAGAAAUUAUCGUUUCGUGAACCGGUAGUGGCGGGUAAACGAUCGUCCCGUCGUCAAAGUGCCGAAGUUGUGAGUGUGACCACGAAUGGUUUGAAUGUCCAGAAAAGUAAUAAUAGUGUUAAUAAUUCCAACUGUGAUAAUGUAGUAGGUAGCAGGCGUUCAACACCGACAAAUGAUUCCAUGCCAACUGAAGAGGAUUUAAAGCAGUCUCAGGCAAUGCGUAUUGUGCGCACAGUAGGUCAGGCUUUUGAAGUAUGUCACAAAUUUAAUAUACAUAAAAAUUCCCUGGACAACAAUGAUGAACGUUCCGAUAUCUCAUCAUCAGAAUUAUUGGAUGUUGAAACCAGAUCGGAUCAACAAUUAAGUGACGAUGAUGGACACAACAAAAAAGCUCAUACACCAGAAUUAAAUUUACCCCAAAGGCCUAACCAUUUGGAAUUAGUGCCCCAAACAAAUCUCAGUAAAUCGGGAAGUUUUAUGACCGACGAGGACAAGUCACCCACGACUCCCUCCUCACCCAGUCGUGAGAUUCACAAACUCAAAGAUCAAUUAGAACAGCAGGCCAUGCAAACGCGCCAGGCUUUGGCCCAACUAAUGUUGGUUCGAGAACAAUUGAUAUCGGAAACAAAUGCACGCAUUGAAGCUCAGGCUCGCACACAGCAACUGUUGCAACAAAAUCGAGAAUUAUUAGAACACUUGGCCUCAUUGGGAGCAUAUACCGAACAACAAACACCUGGUUUAACCAGUGCGAAUAUCGGCAUGGCGCCACAGAAUCAUUUACAAAUGCUGUUACAAGCCACAGCUGGAAAUGCCAAUAAUAAUUUGGCCACCAUUAAUCAGCAGAUUAACAAUUUGGGUUCAAUUAAUCAGCAGUUAACCUCGCUGAGUCAUCAGCUAAGUGGCCUCAAUCAGCAAACGCAAAAUCUACAAAAUUUCCAACAACAGCAGCAACAACACACCCCCGUAACCUCUUCGGCAGGAGCACAAGGAAAUAGUUUAACAGCCCAAACACCCACAACAUCUUUGCAUCAAUCCCAGCUACAUUUGAAUGUCUCAGCAGCAAAUGCUACAAGUGCCACAAAUACUCUAUCGACUAGUCCGUUUCCUUCCAUGAAUCAAUUGCAAAACAUAACCACACAAUUGCAGCAAUUGAACUCACCGCCGGCUAUGCAGCAGCAACAACAACAGCAAGCCCAAGAUGCUCUCUCCAAGGAUUUAUUCAAUGUCAAUCAAGAGUUGUUGAAUCGUUUGCAAGCCUUAAAUUUGGGUGCCACAGCAUCGGGUGCCAUAUCCAUAGCUAAUGGUGGUGGUGGUGGCGGAGGUACACCACAGCCCACACCUUCUCCUCAUAAUUCCUUUUUCUUUGUCAAUCCCAUGUCUUGCAGUCCCUCCAAUAACAACAACACGGCCAGUAGCAACUACAAUUUACUAAACACACCCAGUUCCAUGGGCAACCUGACGCCCUCACCCAUGGGAACGCUCAAUCGUAAUUCCUAUUCCAAUUCACCCAUUACCGAUGAAAUGCGCAUGAGCAUGGAGAAAAAUCUCAAUGCCCUCGAUGAACAACUAAUGAAGGCCAUAUCAAAUGGUAAUAUAGCUGCUUCCGGUUCACGAGAAAACAGCAGAUCAUCUUCGACUGUAGAGUCACCGCUCACCUCAAUGGUGCGCAGUACUUCAAAUUUAAACAAUAACAACGAUAUAAGUCCUUCAACAUCAUCAUCAUCGCCCAGAUAUAAUACGGUCAUGCUGAAGGUGACCGACGAAGCGGGCAAUGUGACCAAUCAACGAAAAUUGUCGGCUACACCGAGCUUCAUAACGCGCAGCACCAGCGAAAAGGUACCAAAUCGUAGUCAAAUUAUGAGUCAGGUCCAGAGAACGGCAUGGGCCAGACACACGACCAAAUAGGAGUGGGAGAUAUUUUUUUAAGAAUUUCCAAGGAGUUUAGUUCGGUUUCUACUCCUAUAUGUAGGAGUAGAAAGGAAAAAGAGAUCGGUGUAGUUGUUAAUGGUAAUAAUUAUGUUUAAGACGUUAAAAAUAUGAAAACAUUUGAAAAUUCUUUAAAAUAUCAUUAUUACUAUAACAAAAUACUAUCGAUCUCUGUCUAAUAACUACUGUACUGAUCUUGAGACAAUUAAGAAUAGAAUUUCCCUUGGAAAACUUGAAUUCUCAAUUAAUUAAGUCAUUUCUGAAUAACGUUGUCUCAAGGUGAAUGCAGCAGUGACUCCUUGUAUUUAAAUGUUCUAAAAUUAUGUUCAAAAUAAUAAUAAGGGUAUUCAUUUAAAAGAGAAAUUGCAUAAAUCAUCUGUGUAUUUUACAAGUACCAUUUGUAUUUCUAAUGACAGUUAUACCAAAAGCAAUUAGAGUUGUGAUGCUCUGAACUAAAUUCUUAUUUUUAGUCAUUCAGUUAAAAAAUGUGGCAGAUACGUUACGAUCGUUGAUACAUCGCGGUUGUCAACCAAGUCGGCCGUUUUGCUCACAAAAUAUACAACUUCGUGUACAAUUUUAUUUUGACUAAAGAUGUCAUCGGAUAUUUUUGCUAGGGUUCAAUAGUUUAAAUAAAAAGUUGACUUUAACUACGAAAAUAAAGCAUAAAAUAGAAUAACGUUGUACAACAUAUCCAUUAACGUUUCAACCGUUUUAUACAACUUGCCUAAAACUUCGAAACUUUUGAUCUGAACGACCCCACACACGUUACAAUCUCGUGUACAACCUACUCAACUUGUACUAACAGUUGCAACGCGUGUGGUUAGCAAAAAACAGCCACAGAACAAUUACUACCCAGCAAAAACAUGCAUAUAAUUUGUAAUUAUCCAAUAACUUACUUUUCAAUGACUACUACAUACCUUCUACAUUACACAGAAGUUAUUAUAUAACGAUUUAUGUAACUGCUUACCUCCUAGUCAUUUGCCUAAUCAUAUUCAGUUUGAUAACGGUUUUUUUGAGUCCUAACUAUCAAUGAUUUAUUAAAGUCUUAAUUUGUA